AUGAACGCGCAACAGAGCAGCGAGCCUGUGUCCGACCUUGCUGUCGCCGCGCAAUACGCUGAUGAGGAGCUGCACUCCGUGACGGCGCAAUUCGCAAACUCUGCGUCAGUAAGCGAAGCCCCAAAGGCGCCGAUGGUGGCCGUCGUGACGGACAAGGACGACAGCGACAGUGACAGCGACAGCUCCGACAACGAGGCCCCCGUCGAGAAGAAAAAGGAAGUGGAUGGGGAGAGCUCAGGCGAAGACAGUGACGGAGAAGGCGAAGACCCCGCCAAGCUGCGCGCCGAGAUUGAGGCUGCUAUGGAGAAGGAGGCUAACAAGACUGGUGGCCCGCUGACCACGGAACACGAAGUAGCCUCCAUUCCUGUACGCGAACCGAAAGUGGAGCUGACAGCCGACUGCCCCAUCGCUCAAUUCGGCAAUAUCUUAAACGUAAGUGCGCCUGGACUCAUGAUGACUAUCAAAUCCAACCCAAACACGAAGCCACUGAACGAAGGAAGCGUGCUGUGUCUUGAAGACCGUACAGUUAUCGGAUGUGUGGACGAGGUAUUUGGUCCAGUUCUGAUGCCCAUGUAUUUGAUUCGUUUCGAGAACGCCGCCAAGAUGCCGGAGAGGGCGACAGUGAACACUGUUGUCUACUACGCCACGGAGCACACGACGUAUAUCAUUCCAGAAGAGAUCAAGGACAAGGGCACCGACGCUUCCAAUAUUUUUGACGAAGAAGCUGAUGAGACCGAGUUCUCCGACGACGAAGCAGAGGCAGCAGCCAAGCGUGGCAACCGUAAACGCAAUCGAGGCGGUGCGCCAAGUGAAGGCGCUAGCUCUGCGUCAUCGUACGGUGGACGUGGGGGUCGUGGUGCACGUGGAGGACGAGGCGGUCGUGGAGGAAACUUCACGGACUACCAUGCGAGACAGAAUACGUCGCCUCACGGUACACGCAGCAACUACAGUCAGCAGCCUCCGAUGCCUCCUAUGCCUGCGAUUCCUGCGAUGCAGACACAACCGUACGGAGGUGCUACGAAAUACACGCAGCCUGGUGGUUUCGGUGGGGCGAGACCUGUUGCCUAUGGCAGCACGAACUACACGUCCCCCCAGGGUAAUGGAGUGCCUCAGCCACCCAUGCCGCCAUACAGUGGAGUGCCUGUAUCGCAAGGACAAGCUCCAGCACGUGGCUACUACCAGCCGCCGCCUCCGCCACAGUACAGCGCACACAAUUUGCCUCCAUACCCUCCGCAGGUUCCGUAUCAGCAAUAUUCGCAGCCUCCAAGUGCACCGUACGGCCAGCCGCAGCCACCGCCAAGAGCGCCGUACGGUCAGCCUCAAGCACCACCUAGUGCGCCCUACGGUCAACCUCAGCCACCACGAUACAACCAGAUGCCACGCGGUGCUCCUCCGCCGCCUCCAGCGUAUUACGGAAACAGCCAGCAGAGCCAGCAGCCUCGUGGACCCUACGACCAGCGACGUUAUUAA